AUGACAGUCGAAAUACACAGAUACACUUCUCACGGACGACAUCCGCAGGAUGCACCUGCACUUUUGCCUGGGAACCUGCAAUUCAGCAUCGGUAGGAUUUGUGCGGGUACAAUUUUCGGUACGAAAGUGUCUAUCGGACUUUGCAUCUUGUGGUUUUCAACCCUUCAGCACGAAUCCGGGAAGAACCAACGGUCCAGCAGCAGAAUCAAUCCCAAGGCAACAGCGGAGAACUCGGGAAGGGACUGGAGACUACGAAAAAAAAGAUUGGUUAAGUCUCACGGAACUUCGAAAGUGACAGUGAACACUCAGCCGUACUUCGAAUACAACCAUAAUAGAAAUGUCACUACGGUGGUGGGCAGAACUGCAUUUUUGCACUGUCGAGUUGAACAGCUUGGCGACAAAGCUGUUUCCUGGAUACGCAAACGGGAUUUACACAUCCUUACAGUAGGAAUCCUGACCUAUACUUCGGAUCAACGAUUUCAGGUGAUAAGGCCGGAAAAGUCGUCCAACUGGACCCUCCAAAUCAAAUUUCCGCAAAUAAGGGAUUCCGGCAUUUACGAAUGUCAGGUGAACACGGAGCCGAAAAUAUCUCUACCCUUCAGACUGAACGUAAUUGAAUCCAAGGCUAAGAUCCUGGGAUCGACCGACUUGCACGUGAAAGUGGGCAGUUCGGUGACUUUGACGUGCAGCGUCAAUAAGGGACCACACGACCUAGGCAGCAUUUUCUGGUACAAGGAGAACGAAAUACUGCAAGAUGAUUUUAAACAUGGAACGACUAUUAAGAACCAAUGGGCAGAAGGCUUGACGUCCAAACUCCAUAUCAGCACUGUCCGUCUCUCCGAUUCCGGAAAGUACUCUUGCGUACCAACCAUGGCCAUUCCAGCUGAAGUAAACUUACAUAUAAUCAACGCUUCUAGAGAUAAAGAUCAAACAGAAUUACAUUAUAAGGCCGAUUACCCAUAA